AUGUUGACCUCCGCCUCCACCGAUUCAUCUCGUUCCUCUUACUCCGGAAGCCCCGUCUCCCAACAAUCUCCGCAUCACCAUGUCUGGUUUCCGCCCGCCCCUCGUCGUCGACCGGAACACUACAAGAUCCCCCGCUACUAUUCCACCCCCGUGAGGGACGAUGUCCCCGAGUCGACCCCGCUGCAGAUGUACGGCCUGGAGCAGCGCGCCCCGUCGAUCUGCGAGAAGCCCAAGCUCCUGCGGCGCUUCUCUCACGCCCUCGACGAUAUUGUGGAAGACAUGUCCCUCCAGAGCACCAGCGAGAAGGUCCUCAGCCGGCGGCGCCAAUCCUUCUUCGGGAUUGACGAGGACGCGGUGAUGUCCAGCACCUCCAUCGCCAGCCCGACGACAAUGGACUACUACGCGGUUCCGGCCCAUCCGCAGCCCCCGAAAUCUCGCCCCAUGUCGAUUCUCUCGACUGAAGCCUGGACCCCGCCGGUCCGCCGACUCAGCCGUCGACUGAGCAUCAGCUUCUCGCGCAAGAAGAAGUUCAGACCGGGGCAGGUCGGGAGCAUCUCGCAGCCGAAUUUGAUCGGAGCCUCGACGCAGAUCUAA